AGGUCUUAAGGGAGGAAAUGGACCUGCUCCCGAUGGUCAGAGCUCGGCCUUCACCUACACCUUCCAUGGAGAUCCCCAUGCCACCUUCGCCACCUUCUUCGGGGGUUCCAACCCGUUUGAGAUGUUCUUUGGGCGUAAAGCGAACGGGAGGGACGACGAGGACAUGGAGGUGGACGGAAACGACCCCUUCGGCUCGUUCACCAACUUCAACAUGAACGGAUUUCCUCGGGACGGCCAUGCCGGCCAGCAGCGCCGGAAGCAGGACCCGCCCAUUGUCCACGAACUGAGGCUUUCCCUGGAAGAGGUCUUCCAAGGCUGCACCAAGAAGAUGAAAAUAUCCCGCAAGAGGCUGAAUCCAGACGGCAGGACCAUGCGCACGGAGGACAAGAUCCUCACGAUUGAGAUCAAACGGGGAUGGAAGGAGGGAACCAAGAUCACGUUUCCGCGGGAGGGAGACGAAUCGCCCAACACCAUCCCUGCUGACAUCGUUUUCAUCAUCAAGGACAAACCCCACCCUCACUUCAGAAGGGAGGGCUCUAACAUUGUGUAUCCUGUUCGCGUGAGCCUAAGACAGUCUCUGUGCGGGUGCUCGGUUACCGUGUCCUCGAUAGACGGGAAGACGUCCAACAUGAAGAUCACGGACGUCAUCAAGCCGGGCAUGAGGAAAAUCGUAGCCGGACAGGGGCUCCCGCUUCCCAAAAACCCCGAGCAGAGAGGAGACCUGGUGGUGGAGUUUGACGUGAAUUUUCCCGACGUGCUACCUGGCAACGCCAAGGACGUGCUGAAAAGACACUUACCUACGUAGGACACAAAGAACCAAAGGAGAGGAUGGAGACAGGCACGAGACGUGUCUCACCCUCGAUACGAGUCACUUUUACACAAGGAUGGUUCUGACCGUGCACAGAUGGACCCCCAACUGAUGAAUGUGCAAUUUCUAUUUUUGAGCUGCUUGUUGUUUUUCUAAAUAUGAUGCAUGCUGCCAAGCCGAUACAGUGAAGAACUGCUUGUGCCUGGACUGUUACGUGAAACGCAGUGGACUUUGUUGGCUGGAAAAGAAGGCGCCAAGAAUUACCAGCGAUCCCGGGAAUAAACUUUUGUACCAAAAAGAACAUUUUCUUUCUUUCGUCUACAUCUGAUGGGGCUCUUUUUGAGCUGUCUCUUAUGGAUAACUAA